AUGGGUCUCAUCAACCUCGUCCUCAAAGCCGUCAUCCUCGUCCUCGACCUUCGCGAUACCUACCACGCGCUUGAUACGGUCAAGCUCGACGAAAUCGCACGCAGUGAGCGCCAGGUGCUUGUUCGCAACGCACAAGACGGCACCAAGCAGUUGGCCACACGCAAACGCGUCGGCACUUCGAAACGCAAGGCAGCUGUCAGGUCGGCGCUCACCACCGUGCUCGUUUGGAAUCUGUUCAACAAACUCGAGCCGCUCUGCGAUCGCACCAUCGCCUGGUUCGUGCCGUUCUAUGACACGUUCAAGACACUCUUACUCGUCUGGAUGCUCUUCACCAGGAGCUACGGCGCUUCCAUCCUCGUCUUUCGCAUUUUGGCCCCCAUCAUUCGGCCAUAUGAGCCCGUCUUUGAUGCCAUCUUCGUCCUGGCGUUGGCAUUGUCCAUCUGGAUCUCGAAGCUUCUUGCACCGACCGCAGCGAAAUGCGCGAAACUUGCGCAUAAUCUUCGGUCCACCUUGCAGCAAAACGCCGGAUCCGAUGCCAUACCACCGGCGCCCUCACUAGUGCCUGCACCAUCCAGUCAAGGCAGAGCUCCUCAACGCAAGGCUUCCGCCACAUCGAUCCGAGGCAAAGCAGGAAAGAGGCCACCACCGCCGCCAUCACCACCUGCUUCCAACAAAAUAUCUCCAGCUUCUGCAGCAGCAGCAUCCUCUGCAGGCAAGAGUAACCCACAGCGCCAAGCCAACAUUGCCGUAGCAAAGGCACGCCAGGUGCUUCCGGGCAGGGCUUCCAAUGGCAGCCUUGCCGCAACGCGACGAGUGCUGCAGGAGCUCCCUGUUCCCAGUCACGCUUUCGAUUCGGUCAAAACGCAAGCAGGUCCGUCAGCCUCAUCUCCGGCCCCGGAAACAAACAACGCCACCUCCGGCCAUGCUGCUUCGGGCAGCGGUAACAAUGCUAUGGCUGUCAAGACAGAGCCAUCCGAUCCCACCUUUGCCCCUUCAGCCGCAACUCUGGGCGCACCACCUACACCGCCAACCGGCCUUCAGAACUACGCCUUCAUUCCGGGGCUGACACCUCAGCGAUCCGGACCCGCCUCGUUCGCAUCGCCUACGCCACACUUUCCUGGUGGAUUUGCCUUUUCGGCUGCAGCUUCGACCAGCGCCAACCGUUUUCAGGCGUCAGCUCGAGUUCCGCUCACAACACAGAUGGCCCCUCUGUCUCUUGCUUCCCAAAUCGCGGCCCCGCUGGGAGCACCACACCUACGCGGAUCGCCCAAUGUUGUAUCGGACAGUAUACCGACACACGAGAGCGUCACUUCUGCCAAGGAUGACCGCAUCGUGCCACCACCAUUUCAAGCUGCAGUUGUCCGCAAGGUGGCAUCCCAGCGCUCACUCAAGAGCAAGGCUGCUAAGAGCACGCAACAAAACGGCAACAAGGCAGCGACCGUCUCGAACGAUAGAAAGCGCGCCCGCUCAGAUGAUGCCUCUGGUGGAGAGGUAGGUGAAUCAGAAGGGCCAGCUUCGAGCUCGUCUUCGCCCAGGAAGCGGGUCAAGUCUGUUGCCGGUCAAGACACAAUCCGCAAGAGAGUAGCUGGCUCUGUGACGGCUGCGAAGGCUCGAACGAAACCUGCGACCUCGACGAACGGUCAGGCUGCAACUUCAGGGGGUAGCAUCGCCACGCGCAAAAGAGAUGGAACAAAUGGCACCACGUCGACGGCGACGCACAAAUCGACGGUGCCUGCUCGGUCGGCUUCUGCAUUAAAAUCGGUGAAUGGCAACACAACAGCAGGAAAGUCUGGCUCAAUCGAGGAAAAAGCAAAGGCUACGACAACUAGCUCAAAAGCCACAUCGGCAAAAGUAUCAGCACAUAGAACGGCGGUCAAGAAAGCGCCCAGCACGAGCAAGUCUCGCAGUAGUUCCACUGAGGCUGCUGGAGGAGCGGAGCAGCCGCCACCGCAGCGCCUUACACGUAGUCGCACCAAGCAGAACCUCCUCGAUUGA